AUGGCCGUCCUACCGGCCAUAUCUGCGCUGUUCCUGACCCAUUUCGAUGACAUAAAGGGGCAAACUACGACCUAUUUCCGAUCGACCGAUGACUCGGGUAUCUCCUCCGACGACAUCGAGCACGCGACGCUGCCUUCUGGCUUGCAUCUCCUAGAGUCUGACCUCAUCACAUUUACGCAUCAAAGAUGGCCGGGCGCUGGGUUGUUUAGAAAUCGGACGGUGGAACAUGGUCGAGGGAGGCGGAUGGGAACGCUGGCAGUAAUUAUAUCGUCGGAUCUGCCUGAGGACCUGUUCGGCCUCCAACCUGCUCUCGAAGCCAUCUAUGACGAGCUUGAAGCAAAGGGGAACCCAUUCGAGGACGGUGUGGCUAGGGUAGUGCUGGAUCGUAUUUGGGAGGAGCAGUCAGGCGGUGGAAGUGAUGUGGCAGGAAUCAGCGGGAAAGGGGACACGAACAGAGCUGCAGCAGAGAAGGGCAAAGGAGACAGGGUGGAGAGCGUACGGACGCUCGUCGAGGGAAGGGGGACAGUCUCGUUUGAUCAUCCCAUUGCCUACCUGCCGUCCCUCUUGUCGAUCCUCGGACCGCUCAUCAUGCCGGUGUAUAAAGCCGCAUUGACUGGCCAGAGAAUACUGCUCUACUCUCAGCCCCCUCUUCUACCUGUUGGCGCAUUUGCCUGGUGUAUAGCCGCGAUGGCGUUGGCGCCCGCGUCUAUUGGCGGGACGGGCGUGUGGCUCGGUAAUGUGGGCCUGAUGGAUCUCACGGAGCUGAAGGAGCGGAGUGGCGGAUGGGUCGCAACGACCUCAGAUGCCAUCUUCCGCUCGCACGCCGUAUACGACCUCUUCCUGGACCUCUCCACUACCCCUCCUACUCUCUCCUCCCCGCCUCCCUCCUCUUCAUCACCCUCACCCAAAGCACCAGCAACAUACCACCUAUCCGAUCUCCCACUAUACCGCUCCCUGCUCCUUCUUGACGCGUCCCCGCCCUCGAUUUCACUCACACACGGCCCAUCCCUCCACUCGCCUCCGCCCCCCGGCUCAUCCAGCCGCAGCCUCUAUACCGGACAAGGCGGAUGGUGGCUCCUCGCUUUCGACAUAAUGAGCUCCUUCUGGGCUCUUUGUGUCGGGGUGUGCGAGUACGCCGUCGGGCGUGGCCGGCCAGCGGGCGAGAUCUACCUUCAAGAGGAAGAAGGGGAUGAGGAUGCUAGAACAUUGCUCAUCCCGCGGGACCUGGAGGAUAUUGAGGGGGAUGACGAGUCUGGGAUGUUUGGGCAGGAUCAGGAAGAGGAUGGGGCGGUACGGCGGGGGCGACUGAUCCUGCGGCAAUUGUAUCAUUCAACUUUCCACCUCCACGCAAGGCUGGUACAGGUCAGAAAUGGGACUCAGGGGAGAAGGGGCAAGGGAGGAAAAUUGGGAGACAAGGAGGUCAAGGAGCUGGCGGGAACUAAGUUGUAUGUCAGCGCGGACGAGGCGAGAUUCUGGCAAGAUCUAGCCAGGGAGUGGGCGUUUCCGCAGAUGGCAGACUCGAUCGAGUACGCCGCCUCGGUGGAAGCGAUGGACGUCGGGGCAGCGGGUGGCGCUUUGAGGGUGACCUUGACCUGCGACACGGAGGACCCCGGCGGGCCAGUAGACGCCUCGGUGAAAUCUACCGUGUUGAGGAGGGUAGACGGGGAAACGGCGUAA